UUACCUCCCCUCAUCGAAGUUCUAAAAACCAAAAUGUCUCCAGAUUGAAAAGCGACAGCUUUGCCUGACAGUGGGGCGUGGAUGGCCUAUGAUAAUUCAAACACAUCGAGAUGGAUGCCCCACAAGCUUUUGUGGAGGAAAUAGAUUUCAACGAACUCCAAUGUCAUGAGGUGGUUGGAAAAGGAGCGUUUGGCGUGGUCAGUCGAGCAAAAUGGCGUGGGAAAGAAGUGGCUGUGAAGCUGAUAGAGACAGAGUCUGAGAGGAUCGCAUUUAUUACGGAGCUGAAACAGUUGUCUCGGGUCAAUCACCCCAACAUUGUCAAACUAUAUGGUGCCUGUACAAAACAGCCUGCGGUAUGUUUAGUAAUGGAAUAUGCGGAAGGGGGAUCCCUGUACAAUGUCCUUCAUGGUACUGGUCCACAACCUGCCUAUACAGCGGCCCACGCCAUGAGCUGGGCGCUUCAAUGUGCCAAAGGGGUGGAGUAUCUCCACAACAUGAAACCUAAAGCUCUCAUCCACAGAGACAUGAAACCUCCAAAUCUAUUGUUAAUCAUGGGUGGUACAGUACUAAAGAUUUGUGACUUUGGCACAGCCUGUGAUAUACAGACACACAUGACCAACAACAAGGGAAGUGCCGCUUGGAUGGCUCCGGAGGUGUUUGAAGGCAGUAACUACAGUGAAAAGUGUGAUGUGUUUAGUUGGGGAAUCAUCCUAUGGGAAGUGAUCACAAGGAGGAAACCAUUUGAUGAGAUUGGUGGCCCAGCAUUUAGGAUCAUGUGGGCUGUACAUAACGGUACACGGCCACCUCUGGUGCGUAACUUGCCCAGACCUCUAGAGCUGCUCAUGACACGAUGCUGGUCUGGAAACCCUGCAGAACGCCCCUCCAUGGCAGAAGUCACUAGGAUCAUGUCUCACUUAUUUCAGUUUUUUGAUGGUGCUGAAAAGCCCUUAGUAUACCCCCAUUAUGAUGACGAAGAUGCAGUUGGUUCGCCUGAGUUUUCCUUCAACACACCAGCAUCUAUAUUCUACAAUACACCACCAAAUGACGCCAUAACGUCCUUCAGCCCACAGACUGCUGAGUCGAGGUCUGGAACACUGAUCAGUGACACGGUCCGUCAUCAGCUGGACAGAAGCGAGGCUGAUGACCAGCCACAGAUGUCUCCUCCCCCAUUACCACCUCGAGCCAACCCUCCACAGGGAGAGCAGACACGACAGAUGAGUGCUCCACCCUCAUUGGCAGCCAGUCGGGAGAGCUUGUUUGAAGGUCAUGUACGUAGCCCAAGGUCAGGAACACCUGUUGAUCCACACCUGAAGCGAUACUCCGCAGACAUGAGCAGAUUUGAUGGCGACAUCAUGACGCAGGGGAGCAGUGGAAGUGGAAGUAGUAGCGAGUCGCACAAAGGGCACCGUAGGGCAGGUUCAUACGGUACGCCAACAAUGUUCUCCUCCGCCGGACUCCCCAUACAAUCUGUGUCGCAAGGAAGGGGCCACAGAAGGGGUGGAUCUGAUGAAGUGUCACAAAUACGAUACAAUCAUAGAAGUUCACCUGUGUUUGUCAAUACUACACCUAACCUAGCCCACACGGGGCCUCUCUCAGUGAGCCCUGUCCACCAUGUGAGCACCUACCCUGGCACCCUCAGUCAGGCCAACCAGGAAACAACCCCGCCCCCUAUUAGGUCUUUCUCAUACCAGCCACCGCAAACCACAGAACGGGUUCAACCCCAUAGCGUUCGUGCGACAUCGUGGACGUCGGAAAUGUCAGUUCCACCGGUAACCAUAGUUCCUGGAGGAAACCAGUCAUCUGAUCCCCAACCACGACCUAUCAAUCAUAUUGUAGGUACGGGGAUGUCAAAUGCUGACUCGUUCGCCAUGAACCUUGUUUACCAGUCUCUUGACCACCAGCUACAGCCCCUGGCGCCAUGUCCUACUAGUCGGGAAUCAAUGGAAAUUUUUGACCAACAUUGUAAGCUUGCUCAAGAGUACUUGAAAGUUCAGACAGAAAUGGCACUAUUAACACAAAGAAAGAAUGAUUUGAUAAAAGAAUUUGAAAUGGAUGAGAAGAAUCAACAGAGCAGUACACGCCUCGCUGAGGAAUAUAAACUACUUCUCCAGGAGAAUGAAAGUUUGGUCUUACUGCACAAAAACCUGAACAAACAAGUCGAGCAGGUGCACCAAAUGCAACAGAAAAAGAGAUGAGGGAGGCUGCAAGUUUAAAUUGUAUCAGAAUUGCGAAGCUGUGCAGUGGUGAUAUCACGACUGUAUUUUGAAGGUGCCAUGUUGAAAUUACGUGUGUCCUGAUUGUUUGAAAGUUUUCUGGUCUGGAAAGUGAUUUGUGGGACAUAUGUGGAGAAAUGAAGUCACUGUAUCAAUCCAGGAUGUACCGAACAGAACUGUUGGACUUAUUGGAGUAUAAGUAAAGUGAUAAAUGAAAUGCUGGAUGCUAGCCUGGUCCCAGAUGCUCUAGGACUUGCACGAGAACUAGUUUGAAGAUGAUACAGUCAUAAAUAAAAUAGAGGUUGCUAGAAAGCUUACUAUUCCAGUCUCACAUUGAGAUUGCUUGACUGUUUCAGCUGAGUUUAUCUCUUGCUAGGUUAAACUCAGAUAAUCAUUUACAAUUUGAGAGCUUUCUUCCUAAAACUGCACAGUAUUAAUCUUCAAAUAGAAAAAAAUAUGUAGAGAAACAAUUAUGAUGAAAUAUGUGGAAGGGUUUCUUCGUAUUAACUCAGUUGUGAAUUUCAAACAAAGAUGUAUCUUGUAUGCUUCUAUAAAUUCUCUGUUAACAAAAAAAAUAGGAAUCAUGUUUAAGUAAUGUCACUGCUACCAUAUUGGGAUCAAUUUGAUAAAUGAAAUAAUGUAUGCUGUGUUAUAUAGCCAUGAAUUGUUUAGAUAUUAAAGGCCAAAAUGUCUAAACAGAUUCAUUUGGAGCUGGUCUUCAGCUAUACAUGUAAUUGUAUAUGUAUUUAGCAAUUAAUCUUCGGCUGUCAGUAUCUCCAUAGAAAUAUCAAAUAUUAAGAUAUCUUUGGGUAGUGGUAAUUGAAGUUGCUUGUCACAUUACUAUUGCAAAGAGUUACAUAUGAAAGAAAACCAAAUCUAUUCAUUAUAACCUUUUACAUAAAAAUGUAUUUCUGUCAGGAGCCCCAGGACUCACAGAGCUUAUCCUCUGCACUGCAAGUUAUGAUAUUUAUUACCUUUGAUACUUUACUGAAAAAUUGAUAGGAAUAAUUCCAAAAUUAUUCACUCUCUUUAAAUCAUAUAGACAAUCAAUAAUUGUCUUUGUAUGAAAAUACCUUUCAUGGCCAGUAUACAGUAGAAAUAUGGCAAAACUCUACCUUAAAACUUACAAAUAUAUUCAUAUUAUUCUACAGUAUUUGAAAUAGUAACAGUCCUGUUAGUGUAUAGUGCAGAUAUACAAUACUGUAGUUCUGUUCCAACACAUUGGUGGAAGGACAUUAAUUGGUUUUUAUCUUACUUUUAAAUCUGAACAAGUUAUAAUGUAUUGCAAUUCUUGACUUGAAUGCAUGUAUAUAACUACUAUCAAGAAAGAAGAUAAAAAUAAGGUUGUACAGGCAGGAAUCACUGAUGAUAAGCAUGCAAUAGACUUUUGUCUUUCAUAUCAAUUGAUUCAUAAUACUGUUUUCAUGUUUUUUUUAUGUGGUAUGCAUACUUAUAAUUUGUAAAUAAUGACAGAUUUGUAUUUAAAAUACAUAAUAAAAUGAUCGAAUCUAUCAUAUGC